AUGUACUCUGCUCGCAGUCCGCUGGAGGACUCUUUCAAUAUCCAGCAGCAUUCACAGCCCACUUCUCGGCCGGCUCUAAGCAGACGCCCUACUCUGCUUCAACAAUCUGGCUUGUAUACGCCUGCAUCACCAGAAGCCAAUCGCUCUUCUAGGUCAUACUUCUCCUCUGGUUUGCAAAAUGACCGCUCAUGGCCGUCAUCACCAUGGCCCACGACCAACCCCAGAGAUUCGGGCUCUUCAGUCGGCUCGACCAGAUUGUCUUCAGCUGGAGGUCUGGCAGUCGGCUCUCAGAGAUCGCCUAACUUGCCUGUGUUUCCUCCAUCACCAGACUACUACAGCUCAUCCAUCUCAUCAAACCCUUACACGACAGCACCACCCCCAGGAUUUAACACAGUAGACAUGAAUAUUCCCAAUAACGCUCAACAGCUGCAGCAACUUCAGCAGUUGCAGCAACAGCAAAUCCAGCAGCAACUCCAACAGCAACAACAGCAGCAGCAGCAGUCGGGUAUGCUUCAUCCCAACUACAACUCCGCCGCCAUGGGCAACGACGGGGGUGCAAUGCUGCCUGGCAGCUCUCACCGCCGCUCUUCAGGUCGUGACGAGUUCGACGGGCCUCACCAACUACUAGCCAAGCCUACCAACUCGCACCUCGAGACUGCCGAGGCCGAGUUGAUCCAGCUUCCCGUAUCUCUGUACGCCGAGGAGCAAGAUUCGAUACUGACACGCGUCAACGACCGUCUCUCCCAAUGCGCAUACGACUUUGUUGCGAAAUACCAAUUCCCCAUUCCUCUGGAGCCUGACAAGAGACCCGUUCGCGUUCCCGCCGACCGUGAGUGGACAGAAUGGUGCUACCUGCUCAAGCGCCUCGCAACCAAACGCCGCAUCCCAGCCCGCGUUCUCUACAACGGACAGAUCAAGCAGCUUGUAACCGUACUGGAAAACUCACUCGAGAUGAGACACGCAGCCAAGCACCAAAGCAGACCUCUCAAGGAUGACCGCAACGUACUGCAGCUUAUUUCCGCCGGCUUGCAGGUUUCGAAGAUGCUCAAGGAUCCCGACGCCAUGAGGUACCUGGACGAGCUGUACGUUGCUGCCGAACGCUUGAUCGAGAGCAGACGUGGUACCCCGUCAUCGACCUAA